AUGAAUGACCGUUCGCGUGUAUACAUAGGCACGGCCUUCAUAGCUGGGGCCCUCUUGACGCUAGGAUUCAAGGAUCUUCUCUAUCCGGAGCUAGAACAACGCCUCCGAGAAUAUCGAGCUCGACGUCAUGAUCAGUUCGGAAGUGACCUACAGGAUCUUCCUGCAGAUGUUCUAGCAGCUAGGCCCGGGCCUCCGGUGAUUGUAGAGGGGAUUGAGGGUUGUAUAGGAAAUACUCCCUUGUUCCGAAUCAAAUCCUUGUCCGAAGCUACGGGAUGUGAGAUACUGGGAAAGGCAGAAUUUUUGAACGGAGCUGGCCAAAGCUCCAAAGACCGUGUCGCACUGAGCAUGAUCGAACUUGCUGAGGAGCGAGAUAUCUUGACACCCCAUUCUGGAGAUACAAUUUACGAGGGCACUUCUGGUUCAACUGGUAUAUCGUUGGCCACGCUGGCCCGUGCAAAGGGCUAUCUGGCUCAUAUCUGUAUGCCAUCUGAUCAAGCCAUUGAGAAAUCAAACCUGCUUCUCAAACUCGGUGCAAUUGUGGAUCGUGUUCCGCCUGCACCAAUCGUGGAAAAGGAAAACUUUGUUAAUCGAGCACGAGCCCUGGCGAAUGUCCAUACAGCCACUUCUACUACAAAGUCAAAUUUAGAACCUUUGAUGCCCGAUCCUCCAGAGUUUUCGGGGCCUAAACCGGGGAGAGGCUUCUUUGCAGAUCAAUUUGAGAACGAAGCUAACUGGAGGGCUCAUUUCAAUGGCACGGGCCCCGAGAUCUACGCUCAGUGCAACGGCAGACUUGAUGCAUUUGUUGCAGGAGCUGGAACCGGAGGCACAAUCUCUGGUGUAGCGCGCUUCUUGAAGCCGCGAAUUCCUCAUUUAAGUGUUGUGCUUGCAGAUCCACAGGGCAGUGGACUUUACAACAGAGUCCACUAUGGCGUGAUGUUCGAUUUAAAAGAGAAAGAAGGUACUAGAAGACGGCGGCAAGUUGACACUAUUGUCGAGGGUAUUGGAAUCAACCGUGUGACGGCCAAUUUUGAAGCAGGAAAGGAGCUGGUUGAUGAUGCUGUUAGAGUGACAGAUGCUCAGGCCUUAGCAAUGGCCCGGUGGCUGGUAGAAAAGGAUGGCAUCUUCAUUGGUAGCAGUAGUGCUGUUAAUUGCUUUGCAGCGGUCAAGACGGCCAUGAAACUUGGUCCGGGCCACAGAAUCGUCACAGUCCUAUCUGAUUCUGGCUCUAGACAUCUUUCAAGAUUCUGGCUAGGGCCGGGGAUGUCGGCGGGGCGGUAG